CUUUUACCGUCUUCCCCCAUUUCUUUCUCCCCGACCCACGCCAUCACGUCCUCUCUGGUUGCCCCGACCGACCGUCCAUUACGAUCGCAGUCGUCUCUUCUCCGUUCUUUCUUCUGUUUAUUUAAUUCCCCCUUUUCGCCCGUCGAUUACACACGAUGACCGGUCGAGGAGGCGGUGGAGCCGCUCGCAAGACAUUGCUUGCGCCGAUUCACUUUAUCUUCAAGCUCCUCCAGCAACGAACCACGGUGUCGGUCUGGCUGUAUGAGCAGCUGGCUUUCCGGAUAGAGGGAAAGAUUCGGGGAUUCGACGAGUUCAUGAAUCUGGUCAUCGACGACGCCGUGGAGGUCCGAAUGCCGACAAAGACGGAGGAGGAAAAGCGGCGACCGCUGGGCCAAAUCCUGCUGAAGGGUGACAAUGUGUCACUGAUCCAAGCCGUCCAGUGAUCCGAACGAGGGGCCGAACAUUUAAUAGAGAAAAAAAUACCGAAAUGGAAGAAAAAGCAAAAACAACAAAAUCAAUUUUUUUUCGCUUGUGUCACGACCAAAUUCCACACUUGUCUGUUAAUCAAGAGAGCUAUCUACACGUUCCCGGUGGGAGGAAACAAUCAUAUGCACAUCUACUACGUACACGAGAAACUUGCCAUGAGGGGAUAACUUAAGUGAACUUCGGUGGUUCGGGUUUCUCAAUCAGCGCUGGCGGAAGGUGCACUCUUCGUCGCCCACGAUGAGAACAUCUACUAGCCAGUCGUGAUCGGCCACGGGGACUUGUUCGGGCGCGGACAGCAUUUGCUCCCUGAGACAGGGAGCCA